GCAGCAUGUGGACGCUCGGGCGCCGCGCCGCCGCCUGCCUCCUGGCCCGCUCGGCGCCCGGGGGCUCAGCCCGGGCCCGCGCGGGGGCCCCGGCGCCGAAGAGGGACGCCCCGCUCUACGGCCGCCGGGGUCUGAGAGUCCGGACGGCCGCAGCCCACGUACCCAGCCACGCUAGUUUGUGUGGCCACCGCCUCGGUCAGACUGUGAAGGUCAAAAACCAGAGUGUCUGUCUGAUGAACAUGAGGACAGCGGGAACUUUGGGCGACCCUGGCUCUCUGGAUGAGACCACCUACGAAAGACUGGCAGAGAGGACACUGGACUCCUUGGCAGAGUUUUUUGAAGACCUCGCAGACAAACCUUACACACUGAAAGACUAUGAUGUCUCAUUUGGGAGUGGUGUUUUAACAGUUAAACUGGGUGGAGAUCUAGGAACCUACGUGAUCAACAAGCAGACCCCAAACAAGCAGAUCUGGCUGUCUUCACCAUCCAGUGGGCCGAAGCGCUACGACUGGACCGGGGAGAGCUGGGUGUACGCCCACGAUGGCGUGUCCCUCCACCAACUGCUGACCACCGAGCUGACGGAAGCCUUGAAAACCAAAUUGGACUUAUCUUCUCUGGCCUAUUCCGGGAAAGGCACCUGACGCCCAGCCCAAUUCCAAAGACGUUAAAAGCUGUGAUGCCAAGACCCCUCCUUCGUCCUGCAGCCGAGUGUCUGGUUUUUUUCCAUUGCCGCCUUUGAGGACACUUGCAUUGCUGGGAAUGGCGCCCUAGAAAGAAUGCGUGGCCUCCCACCCUCCCCCAGGUUCGGAUGUUUAAUUUCCACAGUUUGUUUUUGGAUUUAUUGUCCGGUUUCCUCCCUCACAGGAUAUCACUUCUCUUUUAUAAUCGUCCAUAUGCUCCUACAUUUGUAUGUAGCCUUACAACCAGGAAAAAUCAGAAGGGAAACUUCCAGGAGAAAAGUGACUUGAUUUCACUAUUCAUUCUUUGAAGGACUCAACUGCAAAAAGCCACGUGAAAAGCAGCUGGCCGGCCUCAUCUUUCUGUCCCCAAAUGAGCCUCAUUAAAGAGUUGCCUAUAAA